AAAAAAUAACUUUUCUUUCGUAAAAAUGAAGAUGUCAAAACUUUCAAAUCAAACAAAUUCGCAAGAUCCACAAGCAGUAAAUAGUCGAGUGUUUGUGGGCAAUCUCAACACAUUUCAGUGCUCAAAGGCAGAUGUUGAGAGGAUGUUUCAGCGCUACGGACGAUUGGCAGGAAUUUCAAUGCAUAAAGGCUAUGCCUUCGUACAAUUCACAAAUCCAUUUGAUGCCCGAAAUGCAUGUCAUGGUGAAGAUGGACGAACAGUUCUUAGUCAGGUUUUAGAUGUUAACAUGGUCGCGGAGCCGAAGCCUCAUCAAACGGGUAGGAAGCGACAGAAUACAACGAAAACGGGAAAUGACUGGGAUUACUAUUACGAUAGCUACUAUGCAUCAACAUUAUUUCCGCAAGCAACACCACAACCGCGUGCCGUGAAAAGACAAAGGUUAAUGACAACAGCUCAAGCACGUCCAACAAUUACAUUAGGAAGUCCUCAAGCUCAAAUGGUAUUGCAGCCACAGACGCAACAGCAACAAAUGGUAGCUAAUAAACUGACGACAGCAGCGGCCAACAGUCUCCUUCACUUACAGCAGCAACAGCAACAAAUAUUAAUGGCAAAUGGAAGUCCAGUUGUAAGUCUCUGUAAUUCCAUACCGAGUCAGAAUUAUGUGAGCAACUACAAUGGCAGUUUGAGUAGCAAUGGAAGCAGUAAAUCGUGCAAUGGUGACAAUAAUGAAAAUAUAAAUCAACAGAACUCAAUUGCAGGACCAUUUAAAGUAUACAGCAACCCAGACAUUUUAAUUUGUGGCAAUUGUAGAGAAAUGUUUUCGGAAUUAAGUGAUUUAUUAGAUCAUAAAAGGUCAUAUUGUAAGCUGAGAUUUACAUGUAAAUGUCAGGAUCAACUACCAACAAUUGUAAAUAAAAGCAUGUAUCCAUCAUCAAAAUUACUAUGUGUGGUGUGUAAGGACUCGUUCAUGAAUCCAUGGGAUUUGAUGGUUCAUGCACAGGCAGCACAUAUGGUGAAUAUUUAUGAAAUUGGGGAAUCAGAUGAGGAGGAUGAUGUGGUUAUGGCAAGCAACAGUGAUGGUAACGGCAAUAAAUUAGAUAAGGCUAAUGGUGAAAGCCACAAUAAUAUGAAUGGAUCCUCAUGUAAUGGCAUAACAUUGCACACAGAAAUGGAAUUAAAUGAUAAGAAAAAUAGCCAUUCAUCAUCACCCACAAAUGAGCUUUUACUCACUGAAUCAUCCACCGAUAAUGAAUUGAUAAUAGACACUAAUGGCCUAGAUUCAUCGAAUAUAAAUGGAAAGUUGAGCUCUGAUCUAUCGCCAAAUGAUUUAAUGUUGUCUUCCUCGUCACGUAGCACAUCACCAUCAGAUAAGGAUAUUGGAAUGGACACGUUACCACGAGCGUGCAUAAUGAGAGCAUUAAGUAUUGAUACAAACGCAAAUCCUAAUCUGGCAAGUGCCUUAGCCUUGUCAAUGGCUAAUGGAGCAGCAAUGCCAACACAGUAAGAAGAUUAAAAAUCUUUUUCAUGUUGUUAAGAUAUGUGUGUAUUUAAUGCGGACGGUUGAAGCGACAGGUGAAGGAGGAAUAUCAUUAAAAUGACAGCGAAAACAGUAUUUUGUGUUACUUUAGUAAGGCACAUCUUGUAAUCAAUAUGAUGAUGAUAUUGUAUGUAUAAAAAAAAUUAUUAAAGUUCUUAUAAAUAGCUGUAAAGAAUAUAAAGGAAAAGUUAUACAAUUUAGGGAAUUAAAGAACAUUUUUUUGUAGAUUAAAUGAAUCUUAAAAUACAAG